AGAGAGCUUGCGAGUAGAGAAGAUGGCUCAAACUGUUGUUGAAUUUCUGUUGGAGGACCUGAAGCAGCUACUCGACCAUAGCUCUAAUUGCGUUCUUGCUGAAAAGGAUGCAAUCGAAACCCUUUAUGAAGAGCUCGAGUUCAUAAGGAGUUUCCUCUGUGAUUUGCAGAGUUGCAAUCAGCAUGAGGUAUUGGCAAAUUUAGUGGCAAGAAUUAAAGAUACAGCUUGCGAUGCAUUAAAUUACCUGGAUUAUUUUGCUCUCAGUGUCAUCAAUGGGAAGUAUAAAACCAUUUCUGGGCAAACUAAUGGUGUUUUUGACCAUUUCCCAAAGCUUAGAAAUUUCAGAGAAGAGAUCAAGUCUAUCAAGAAAGAGGUGAUGGUGAUUUAUAUGAAGAAGUUGUAUGGGGUUGGAGUCUCGCAACUAGGAGUAAUCUCCACCACUGAAAGUUUUUAUAGAGGGAGUACAACCAAUACUGUAGCGGAAGAUGAAAUUGUGGUGGGCUUUGACAAUGAGAUAACGGCGAUGUUGGAGAGACUUGCCGGAGAUCAGAAGCAACUGGAAGUUAUCUCGAUUGUGGGGAUGGCCGGAAUCGGUAAGACAACUUUGGCUCACAAACUUUACAAUCAUCCUUUGAUCACAUAUCAUUUCUAUGUUCGUGGAUGGACAUGUGAGUCACAAGGGUAUCAUAAGAAGGAUAUGUUGUUUGAUAUUCUAAGUUCUGUUGUCGACAGUAAGGAUGAAAUUUUAAAAAUGAGUGAAGAAGGAUUAGGAGAAGAGCUAUAUAGACGCUUAAAGGGUAAGAGAUACCUUAUUGUCCUAGAUGACAUGUGGAAUAUUGAAGCUUGGAAUGAUUUACGAAGAUCUUUUCCAAACGACAAUAAUGGAAGUAGAAUUAUGAUCACGACCCGGAAUGGUAAAUUGGCUUGGCAAAUUAAACCUGAUAGCACUCCUCUUUUUCUACAAUUUUUGACUGAAGAUGGGAGUUGGGAUCUAUUGGAACGGAAGGUAUUUCGAGAAAAAAACUGCCCUUCGGAGUUGCUGGAAAUUGGAAAGCAAAUCGCUGCAAAAUGUCAAGGAUUACCCCUUGCAAUUGUUGUUGUAGCUGGACUUCUUGCAAAGACACAUAAAACACCGGACUGGUGGAAGUCAGUUGCCAGAAAUUUAGCUUCAUAUGUCAAUCGUGAAUAUGGACUUAUGAACAUACUAGCAAUGAGCUACGAGCACUUACCUCAAUGCUUGAAGUCAUGCUUUCUCUAUUUUGGAACAUUUGAUGAAGACUUUGAAAUCCCUGUUCCGAGGUUGAUAUUGUUGUGGAUUGCUCAAGGAUUUGUGAAGGAAAUGGAGCAAAGAAGCUUGGAGGAUGUAGCGAUGGAUUACUUGAUGGAUCUAAUAGAUAGAAGUUUGGUAAUAGUUGCCAAGAAAAGUUCUAAAGGUGGAAUCAAGUCAUGUCGCAUCCAUGAUACCUUGCAUGAUCUAUGCUUGAAAAAAGCCGAGGAAAAGAAAUGGCUGCAGCAGUUUGACUGGCAUGGACGAGUUACUUCGUUUCGUUGUGCUAUCUCACAUAAUGACUGCCACUUGUGCUUUCAUUCUCAUGGUUUACAUAACAGUUUUGGGCAGCAUUGUGCUCCAACAGUCCGCUCUCUCUUCUCAUGUUUCUUAGAAGGGUUUUUAGGUCCUAAGGUGACUACCACAGCAUAUAUUUAUAAGCUUCUUAGAGUGUUAAGUUUAUGGCGUGUUUAUCUGGAAAGCUUUCCAGUUGAAAUAUUGGUGCUAGUCCAUUUGAGGUGUUUGGAACUUCGGGUUCGCCUCCUUGACAGGCUGCCUUUAAAAGUAUCCAAUUUACGGAACUUAGAAACCCUAGUUAUUUUGAAAGGGGAGUAUGGGAGAGUCACUAUACCGCAUACUCUUUGGAGUAUGGUGAAGUUGAGGCAUAUACGAAUUUCAGAGAUAGAAUUCGAAAAACCUUGUUCCAAUUAUGUCUAUCCCCCUGUAUUGAAUGCCUUGCAAAGUAUUCACGCAUUACGACUUUCUGAUUCAAUGAAGGAUGCUGAAGAUGUCUUGGAAAGGGUUCCCAAUCUUAGGAAGUUGUCAUUCGAUCGAGGUCCAUCCGACGGGGGAAAACCCAUCUUUCCUGAUCUAGCCGAGAUUUCCUACUUUAUCUCUUUGGCAUCAGAUUAUUAUCGACGAACACCCCACUGGCGGAAUACGUGGAACUCUUCUCUAGCCAAUUUACUUCUAGGUGCACCAUAUUAUCGAAGUCCUGACUGCCAGAGUUUUUGUCUCCCUGAUCUCGCCAAUUUAGUUCACCUUGAAACAUUGAAGUUGGAAGACACUGCUUGGUUUGCAGCACCACCAACCGUUCCCCAACCAAGUAAAUUUCCUCCAAAUCUGAAGAAGCUAUCUAUAACAGGUUGCAAUAUUUGUUGGAAGCAAAUCUCAAACAUUGGGAAGUUACCUAACCUCGAGGUGCUGAAAUUAGGCCGUGAUUCCUUCAAAGGGCCACUGUGGGAGACCAGUGAUGGGGAGUUCCGUCGACUCAAAUUCUUGCAACUUUCAGAGAUGGAUCUUCAACAAUGGGUCACCUCCAGUAGUCAUUUUCCCACUCUGGAGCGAUUAGUGUUGGAUAAAUGCUAUGAUCUUGAGGAGAUACCCUCUAGCUUAGGUGAUAUACCAACGCUACAGAUGAUUGAGGUGUAUCGUUCAAGUCGGUCUGCUGCAAUUUCGGCCAGGCAAAUUCAAGAAGAGCAAUUCAACAUGGGAAAUGAUUCACUCAAUAUCCUUGUCUACCCUCCAUAUAAGAAGGAGUGUCGGGAUUCAAAGGAAGGGCCUUCCACAGAUGAUAUGUGAGGUAGUUUUUUCAAAACUCUUCAAUCAUUCAUGCAUAUAUAUAUGCGUAUUGGAGGGAAGAAU